GGGUGGGGUGGCGCAAACGAAGCCCCCCAAGUUAAACCCGCUCUCGCAUCGAUCAGAACUUCAUAUCGCCUGUGGACCACAACAUGCAGGCCGACGCUCUCCGCCGCUGAACGCGAGGCCGAGAUUCAGGCGCUUUUUGCGGGGAGACGCUCCUUCUGUAGCCGCCGUGAUGCUGCUGCCUGCGGCCACGCUGACGCUGCUGGCCGCUCUCUCGUCGUCCGGGCUGGGGAUGGUCGAAGCUGAGGGCUGCGGGGCAUCAUGUGGAAAAUGUGACUGCAGCGGCGUGAAAGGAACCAAGGGUGAGCGUGGACUCCCCGGUCUUCAAGGUAAUAUGGGAUUCCCAGGAAUGCAAGGACAUGAGGGGCCACCCGGACCCAUGGGUCCCAAGGGAGAUCCGGGUCAGUUUGGUGCUCCUGGAAUAAAAGGAGUGCGGGGUCCUCCUGGUCUUCCAGGAUUCCCAGGAAAUCCAGGUUUACCAGGAAUCAAUGGAAACGACGGUCCCCCGGGUCCUCAUGGUAUCCCAGGAUGCAACGGGACUAAAGGCGACCGAGGGCGAGACGGCAGUCCCGGCUUUGAUGGUCUUCAAGGACCACCCGGCAUCCCGGGACUUCCUGGAAUGAAGGGUGAUCCGGGCGGCGUGAUUGGAAUUAUUCCUCUAAAAGGAGACAGAGGACUUCCUGGUACACCUGGAAUACCUGGAUCCAUGGGACCUCCUGGUCCUACUGGUCCACCAGGACCUCGGGGCUACAUUGGACCUAAGGGAGAUCCCGGCCUGCCAGGACCCCCUGGAGAGAAGGGUGACAGGCUGGCCUUUGUGAGCGAGAAAGGAGACAAGGGCGAACCAGGCUUCCGAGGCCCACCCGGCCCCCCUGGACCCCCGUCUCUGGGAGUGGAGGGUCCUGGCACCGAGUACAUACCAGGACCACCGGGAAACCGAGGCUACCCGGGCGAGAAGGGCGAUAAAGGCGUCUGCAAUAUAUCCCAGAAUGGCGUGAAGGGGGAACCAGGCCCCCCAGGACCGAUAGGCAAACCCGGCAAGGAAGGAGAGGAAGGGCGGAAGGGAGAAAAGGGCUUUCCUGGAAAUCCUGGCUAUCCUGGACUUCAGGGUGAGAAGGGGGAGAGAGGACCCCCCGGAUACGCCAGUGGCGCCCCUGGUCCCCCUGGUCCUCGUGGUCUACCUGGGCUACAAGGAGAGAAAGGAUUUGCUGGUCCCCAAGGAGAAGCAGGGCCACCAGGACGUUAUCUUGAAGGCCCUCGUGGAGAGACCGGCCAAAAGGGUGACAUGGGUCAGAAAGGAGACCAGGGUUUAGAAGGUGAGUCUCUGGUCGGAGCCCCGGGACAACCAGGACCAGAGGGACCCCCAGGACUUCCAGGACCCCCAGUUGACCCCAAUGAAUGCAACGUUGCAAAAGGCGCCUCGGGCCCACCCGGACCCCCGGGGCUUCAAGGGGAGCUGGGACAGAAAGGAGACAAAGGGGACGCUUGUGUUCAGUGUGAAGGGUUCGGACCCCCAGGAAUAGCCGGACCCCAGGGCCUUAAAGGGGAGCGAGGUCCUCCUGGUCCUGUGGGAAGCAAAGGGGACAAGGGUCAAUCAGGAGCCCCGGGAUCUCCAGGAAGACCUGGCCUCAAUGGCGCUCCCGGUUUGAUCGGGGAACCGGGUGCAGUUGGAGCACCGGGAGAUAUUUUUAUCGCCCCUGGUCUGAAAGGGGACAAGGGUUUUCCCGGGCUGGCUGGUUCACCAGGACAGCCGGGCCUGGAUGGGCAACCAGGGAGGGAUGGCCUUGCCGGAGUCCCGGGCCACAAAGGAGAACCUGGCAAAGACGGCGUCAAGGGUGAUCGGGGACAGAUUGGAGACCCUGGUCUUAUAGGCCUGCCAGGGGACAGGGGUCCUCCAGGCCUGCCGGGCUAUGGGCGACCUGGUGUUCCUGGGGACAAGGGAGGCCAGGGGAGUCCAGGUAUUCCUGGAUCACCCGGAGUCCCUGGUGCCAAAGGUGAGCCAGGUAAAGGGGUGAGCACCCCUGGACCACAAGGGGUACCUGGACCAAGAGGGGAGACCGGCAGAGACGGACUCCAAGGGGACAGAGGUCUCCAAGGAGACCCUGGAAUACCCGGUUUUCCUGGUCAAAAAGGUGAACAAGGGCCUCCUGGAAUUGGAUUUCCCGGCCCGACUGGUCCCAAAGGAAUCAGUGGAAUUCCAGGUGCUCCGGGAUUGCCAGGAGAGCCAGGAAGACCCGGACAGGAUGGUAUUUCUGGACAACCUGGUCCACAGGGACUAAAAGGUGAACCAGGAAUGGGGCUCCCAGGCACAAAAGGCUCACAGGGUCCUCCUGGAAUUAUUGGCUUCCCAGGUGAGAAAGGUGGCAUGGGACUGCCUGGCAUUCCUGGACAAGAAGGCGUAACAGGACCACCAGGACUUCAGGGGGUCAAAGGUAGCAUGGGCCCCCCCGGGCCUCCUGGAGUGGUGGGGUUACCAGGGGCUCCAGGAAAGGGGUUGCCAGGUGCCCCCGGACCACAAGGACUGUCUGGAGAGCCUGGUCCAUUUGGUAGAGUAGGCGAAAAAGGAGAGAAGGGCCAUCCAGGUCCUCCCGGCCUCGACAUGCCGGGGCCUCAGGGAGAAAAAGGAGUUUCUGGCUUCCCGGGAGCCCCUGGUGUUAAAGGACUGCCAGGACCACCAGGCUUACCAGGAAGGGAUGGACUGAUAGGAAAUCAAGGUGUCAAAGGUGAAAUGGGAGUCAUUGGGACUCCAGGAUUGCCAGGAUUUCCCGGACCAGCCGGUGUACCAGGAAGUCAAGGCUUGAGAGGUGAUCCUGGUGUUCCUGGCUUACGAGGACAAACUGGAGACACCGGACCUAAAGGAGAGAGGGGGGAGCAGGGUCUUCAGGGACCUCCAGGGAACAUGAGCAAAGUGGACAUGGAGCAUAUGAAGGGGGAGAAGGGAGACAUUGGAGACCCAGGAAACCCUGGAGUCACAGGACAGAAAGGCUAUCGUGGACUACCGGGAGACCCUGGAAUGCCGGGCAAAAAUGGAGAAGCCGGGUUACCCGGACAGCCAGGUGAAAAGGGGGACACUGGGGUUCCUGGAGAACCAGGCAGUAUGGGGCCACCAGGACAGAAGGGCACGGUGGGAGAGAUGGGAAUACCAGGUCCAGUUGGUCCGCAGGGUCCUAAAGGAGAUGUAGGGACACCAGGACAUCCUGGUUUCAGAGGCACGGAUGGAGAGAAAGGAGAACUGGGAUCGCCUGGUGAGCCGGGAAUUGGUCUCCCAGGAUUUCCAGGAGAAAGGGGUACGCCCGGUCAAGCAGGAUUCCCAGGACCACGAGGGGAGAAGGGUCAGAAGGGUCAUGUGGGAACACCCGGCAUGCCAGGACAUGAAGGAGUUAAGGGAGAAAAAGGAUUCCUUGGGACUCCAGGCCAGCCGGGCAUACCGGGCGAGAAGGGUGUUCCCGGGCUACCAGGGUCUGCAGGAGAGCCUGGUCGUGAUGGUCGGCCCGGUGAGGGUGGCUUGCAGGGACCACCUGGUUCUCCUGGAGAGAAAGGAGACGCUGGGGUAGAUGGCAUCCCUGGAUCAUCAGGGGAGAGAGGCGAUCCAGGUUUACCUGGACUAAGUAUUCCGGGACCCCCCGGAGAGCUCGGUAGCAAAGGUGACAAGGGUAGUCCUGGUUUUCCUGGCACCCCAGGUUAUCCCGGCGUCCCUGGUAUCAAAGGUGACAAAGGGCUUCCAGGACCACAGGGGAACCAGGGUGAACCAGGAGGAAUCGGACUUCCAGGAAUCUCUCUUGAGGGCCCUAAAGGAGAUCAGGGGGAUGCAGGACAACCUGGAGAACCAGGAAGUAUAGGAGCUCCAGGACCUUCUGGUGUUCCAGGACGAGACGGCCAUAAGGGAGACAAAGGAGAUCAGGGUUUGCCAGGUUUCCAGGGAGAGACGGGACAAAAGGGUGACCUUGGUGGUCCUGGAUUCCCCGGGCAACCUGGUCUUCCAGGUGUUCAUGGUCCCAAAGGUGAGAGGGGUCUUCAGGGUGUGCCGGGCUUCCCAGGCACUAGGGGUUCUUCUGGGGACCUGGGAUUUAAGGGAGAACUUGGAGACAGAGGAUUGCCGGGAGAAAAGGGUAAUGUGGGUCUCCCUGGUCCCCCUGGCCCACAUACCUUUAUCAAAGGAGACAUUGGCCAACAGGGUACUGCGGGCUUACCAGGACCACAGGGUCCAUCUGGGUUGCCAGGACAGAAAGGACAACAAGGUGUGACUGGCAUUCCUGGGCCAAAAGGAGAAGACGGCCUCCCCGGAUAUCACGGCCAGCCAGGAUCCAAAGGAGAACCCGGUUUACAAGGACCACAGGGACCACGAGGGUAUCCCGGCCCUCCAGGACCUGAUGGUGUUCCAGGACAAGUGGGACCGCCCGGACCCUCCUCAAUGGAUCACGGUUUCCUGGUGACUCGUCACAGCCAAACCGUGGAGAUUCCAGUUUGUCCUGAAGGCACCUCACCCAUUUAUGACGGCUACUCUUUGCUCUACGUGCAAGGCAACGAACGCUCCCACGGCCAGGAUCUUGGUACGGCGGGUAGCUGUCUCAGGAAGUUCAGUCCGAUGCCCUUCCUGUUCUGUAACAUCAACAACGUGUGCAACUUCGCCUCCCGUAACGACUACUCCUACUGGCUCACCUCGCCCGAACCCAUGCCCAUGAGCAUGGCGCCCGUCACCGGGGACAGCAUCAAACCCUUCAUCAGCAGGUGCGCCGUGUGCGAAGCCCCGGCCAUGGUCAUAGCGGUCCACAGUCAGACCAUCAUGAUCCCGCCGUGUCCUUACGGCUGGGACUCCCUGUGGAUCGGAUACUCCUUUGUCAUGCAUACCAGCGCUGGUGCUGAGGGAUCAGGCCAGGCUCUGGCCUCUCCCGGUUCCUGCUUGGAGGAAUUCCGAAGUGCACCGUUCAUUGAGUGUCACGGUCGCGGAACCUGCAACUACUACGCUAACUCCUACAGCUUCUGGCUGGCGACCAUCGAAGACAGCGAGAUGUUUACGAAACCCGUCCCGACGACGCUAAAAGCGGGAAAUCUGCGAACCCACAUAAGCCGCUGUCAGGUGUGCAUGAAGAGGACAUAAUCAUCAAGACAUCUGCCCCCCCUCCCCACCUCCAACCAACCACCGUCGCCAUCCCGACUUCCCUACACUUGGCUUCCAAACUUCCUCGUGUCCGAGGACGGUGCUAUUCCCUGCAUGUGUGAGAGCGGGAGAGGGACGGAGUUUGAACUUGGACAAACCAGAACAUAAAAAGUGCCUCUUUGCUCCACGUGGAACACUCGUACUAACAAUGAUGGCGCCCCACGGUUUACCGCUGCACUGAAUACAUGCCCCCCCCCCCAUGAACUGGUAAACUAGUCAGGUGCUAUUGAAUCUUCCGUAUUAUCUGCUUUAUUCCAGUUUCCCUUUGAAAGCUUCUUGUUUCUAGCAUCCAAUCACACUAUUGUUUACACUCACUGAUAGGAAGGAUGGGACUCACCACUGGCUACACCACCAUUAGCAUUAGCAUUAGCUCAAAUACGUCUAACACGCUUCCUGUUGUAAAUAUAUUCUAUUCCUACUUCAGCAUAUUCUCCUCAGGUUGUUAUUGAGCGCGUCUGUGUUAUUAAAUCCAUUUUAUUUAUAAGAGACUGUCGGGAUUCCAUUCAUGCAUUUAGGUUCAAUUUGGAGCUUUAUCCCACCGAGUACCAGGACCACUGCCACACUGAAAAAAAAAACUCAGACAUUACUAGAGUAGACUUGUACAUUUAGGAGAAAAAAGUCUUCAUUUUGUCUUUGCUCCAGGCCAAAGGUCACAAGUCCUCCCUUUUCAUAGGUGUCUCAGGCAAUGCCUGUUAUGGAAUUAUUUUGAGAAUAAAGUGGGAAAUUUCCCAGAAGAAAAAUGUAACUUUAUAUUACAGGCAUGAGACAUGAUAACUUGUUUAUGCCCAACUACUCCUUUUUGCUGCCACGUUAUGAAUAAAAGCUUGCCUGAAUCAAGACGAAAAUGUCCUUCCCUCCUGAAGGACUAAGCUCCAUUUUCACUCUGGCGCAACUUUGUUGUACAUUUAUGAUUUAAUCUCAUAGUAUUAUACUUUUUUUUCUCCGAAAUUUCUGACUUAAAGUUGUAAAUUAUUCUUUUUUGUACAUUUAUGACUUAAUUUUCUUAAAUUAGUGAUUUUUUUCCUCAUCAAUUUAUGAGAAAAAAAGUCAUAAAUCUAUGAAAAUUAUUCUCGUAAAUUUAUUUUAUUUAACUUUUUUCUCGUAAUUCCCGACUUUAAGUCAGAAAUGUCUGUGAAAAAAGUCAUAAUACUAUGAGAAUAAAAUGUAAACGUACAACAAAGUUGUGUCCGAGUGAAAAUAGAGCAUCGUCCUUCAGGAGGGAAGGACAUUUUCCUCCUGAAAAUUAUUCUUGUAAAUACACGACUUAAUUUUCUUAAAUUUACAACUUUAUUUUUGUAAAUUGACAUUUGUUUCAUAAAUGUACAUCAAUUGUUCAUCAAUUUUGAACUUUAUUCUCAAAAUGUCAUAGUUUUUUUAUGUGGCCCAAAUACUCCUUCAUAGCUGUAAUAUUUAUAAUAUUUAGCAAAACAGCACGUGAGUGAAUGUGUGUUUGCUCUUUGGUCUGCUUGAAUUAUGAAAAGGUUGAAAAUUUGUGUUAGCCCAAUGUUGUCAAAGUUUUUACAAAAGGUUUUUUUUUUUUUUAGCUUUGCUACUAGCUCCGUCUUUGCUAGCACCAUCACGCCCAUGUGGCUUGUCCUCACACAUUGUGUGUAUUGCACACGAGGAAAAGCCAACAUUAAUAAUAAGUCAAUGUCAACUAAUCUUUGUUUAGUCACCAUUUAAUGACUUCAUUACUCUUCAGGCAUACUUCCUGUGUACUCGCCACUUUGCGCUUAGAAUUCCAUGGCAUCACUCCAUUUUCAAAAAUAAAUAAAUCAAGCUGUUUUGUGGUUGAAUACGGCCUAUUAUUAGUCAAAAGAUUGCACAUUUAUGUAUUUUUGCCUAAAUGAAGCAUUUUAAACAUUUCUAAAUAUGGUUUUUAACAUUAUUAGACAUGAAAUUACAUUCCAAUAGUUACCUUUACCAUCCUAUUAUUCAUUGUUUAAGCUGCAGUGACCUGAGAGCUAGCUAGCUAGCCAGCUAGCUAGCCAGCUAACAAGUUGCUAUUCUAAACUUAUAGCUAGCCAGCUGACCAGUUAGCCUCUUAUUUAUUUCUUCUAAACUUAAGAAGCCCAAAACUUACCAUGUACACCAUCCAAUAAAGUCAUUUGUACUCAGGCUUACCAUGUACACCAUCCAAUAAAGUCAU